AUUUCAAAACUCACGAGGCUUCCAGAUGUCUCUGACUUGACUAUCAUUUGCGAAAACGUUAAAUUCGACGUACAUAGCGCCCUUGUGUAUUCUCAAUGCGCGGUUCUUAAAACCGCCUGCACCGGAAAUUUCAAAUCACGAAUUUAUGAAAUGAAAGAUGAAUCCGAAAUUAUUGUUGGGAAAAUGAUCGAUUUCUUUUAUAAGGCAGACUAUGACGAAACCUCGGGUGAUUCUAAAAACGAUAUGUCUGCCCUGCAGCUCCAUGCAAGGGUAUUUGCUCUUGCUGAUAAAUAUCGUGUGAACGAUCUAAAAACUCUUUCUGCGUCCAAGUAUGAGGCGAAUCUGCGAGAUUUUAAACCGGCGGAGUUUCUGGGUUCUAUUCCAGAUGUGUAUAACUUGACGCCGGAGGCAGUUCGGACUCUCAGAGAUAUCGCGAAGAGAACUGCUCGAGAGAAGCUUCUAGAGUGUAUUAUCUCUGAUAGAGAAGCUCGGAAAACUUAUGACAAAAUGAAGGAAUACAUUUUGGGCUUUAUUCUGGAUAUUGUUGACUCCUAUAUCGAGCAGCCACCCGUCAGAUGCAGAAAUCGUUUUUUAGGAGCAUAG